CAAGAGCGAGGGGGCUGGGCUCCCGGGUGGCAGGAGGCCGCGGCAGCGGCCGCCCUCGAUCGGGGCGAUGGAGGAGGAAGCAAGCGAGGGGGCCGGUUCUUGAGCUUCGUAAUUCCUGUGUCGCCUCCUGAGCUCUCAGUCCGCCGGGUCGCAUGAUCCCUCCAGCCGGAGCUGCUUUUUUUGCCAGCCGCCGCCGCGAGGCCGGUUGACUUACCGGCAUCCCCGCUGCCACCUCCUCUCCCACCUAUGAUACAAAAGAUCUUCCGGGGGCUGCACCUGCCUGCCGUCGCCUGAGACGGAUUUGAAUAACCUUGUCUUGGCUUUGGAUCUUCGAAGAGAACCACUAAGCAGAGACCAGACCCAGUGAGUGAGCAGGUGUUUUGGACAAUGGACUGGUGGAGCCCAUCCUUAUUAUAAAAAUGUCUCAGAGCAACCGGGAGCUGGUGGUUGACUUUCUCUCUUACAAGCUUUCCCAGAAGGGAUACAGCUGGAGUCAGUUUAGUGAUGUGGAAGAGAACAGAACUGAGGCCCCAGAAGGAACAGAAUCAGAUAUGGAAACCCCCAGUGCCAUCAAUGGCAACCCAUCUUGGCACCUGGCGGAUAGCCCUGCGGUGAAUGGAGCCACUGGCCACAGCAGAAGCUUGGAUGCCCGGGAAGUGAUCCCCAUGGCAGCGGUGAAGCAAGCCCUGAGGGAGGCAGGCGAUGAGUUUGAACUGAGGUACCGACGGGCGUUCAGCGACCUGACGUCCCAGCUCCACAUCACCCCAGGGACAGCAUAUCAGAGCUUUGAACAAGUAGUGAAUGAACUCUUCCGGGACGGGGUGAACUGGGGUCGCAUUGUGGCCUUUUUCUCCUUCGGUGGGGCACUGUGCGUGGAAAGCGUAGACAAGGAGAUGCAGGUAUUGGUGAGUCGGAUCGCAACUUGGAUGGCCACUUACCUGAAUGACCACCUAGAGCCUUGGAUCCAGGAGAACGGCGGCUGGGACACGUUUGUGGAACUCUACGGGAACAACGCAGCAGCCGAGAGCCGGAAGGGCCAGGAGCGCUUCAACCGCUGGUUCCUGACGGGCAUGACUGUGGCUGGUGUGGUUCUGCUGGGCUCGCUCUUCAGUCGGAAAUGACCAGACACUGACCACCAACUCACCGACACACCCCCAUCCUGCCCCUACCACAUCUCUCCGUCCAGCCACCAUUGCCACCAGGAGAACCACUCCAUGGAGCCCACAGCCACCCACACAUCACAGGGUUGGGCCUAGACCUGGUCCCCCGCAAUUAGUUUUCUAGAAUUUACAUGCUUCUGUGAGAGCUGCGUUCCUCAAUUCUCGUGGCAUCAAAACCCACAAAAUUCCCUAGAACCUGCCCCGGUGGAAGCUAACAGGUGUUGGGGGUUGUGACUGGGGGCUGGAGUGCCCCACCCAAUUGGUGGGUCCCCUUCCGCAUUUAGGGUCCCUGAGCAUGCUUUCUUGCCAGGGAGCUGGAAAGUUUUCUGACCCUUUUCCCCAGAAAGAGAGACAAUAGAUUGCCUUCAUUUUGA